UAAGACUUGUCUAAAGAAAUUGUUUGUCACCUUUCUCCUCUUUCUUGAAAAUUAGGGUUUUUCGCGUCACCAUCAUGAUGAACGAAACAGAUCACAAGAUGAUGAGAAUCGACUGGGAGUUAAUGGAGGACGACGAUGAUUUCCUUGCUCUCAAACUCUCCCCUCCGAGCUGCAGGCUUCGACCGCCGCCGCCGCAGCCACAGUACCCUUCAAUGCAGGGACUACUUUUAUCCCAAACUCCACAACUUCAACAAAAUUAUCAAUAUCAACUUCAACCAUCCCAAAACCCUAAUUUAGCUCCCUGGCUGCCUCCCGUCCAUUGCCUAGCUCCACCAGCCCGCCAGUCCACCCGCCUAACCCGCACACGUCGCAACCAACCCCAGGGUCGUCGACCGGGAAAGAGCGAGACUGUCCCAGUACUCUUCCCCGGGGCCCCCCCCCGCCGCGCCACCGUGCACAGCCUCGACUACUUGCUGUCUCGAAACAUCGUGACAAACACCGGCGAGAUGCAAUGCAAGCAGUGCGACCGACGGUUCGAGAUCGUGUACAAUCUGCCGGAGGAAUUUCAAAAGCUGUGGAAAUUCAUUGCCGAUAAAAAGGCCGGUAUGAGUGAUAGGGCACCGGAGGAGUGGGAAAACCCUGAAUUUCCAGACUGCAAGUAUUGCGAGGAGAAGGGCUGCGUAAAGCCGGUUGUGGCGGAGAAGAAGAGGGAGAUAAAUUGGCUGUUCUUGCUUUUGGGAAGGUUUCUUAAGUGUUUGACGCUUGAGCAGUUGAAGUACUUCUGUAAGCAUUCAAGGAAUCAUCGCACUGGUGCCAAGAAUCGAGUUCUUUAUCUUACAUAUCUCGGUUUGUGCAAACAACUUGAUCCUUCUGGGCCUUUUAACGCUCUCCAUCUGUUCUAA